GGGUCGACGGACGAGAGAGUUGAGGAGGGAGGUUCAGAAGGAAAAGGAGUGGCCUUCUGCUGAUAGUCGCCCUCUCUGCCGGAGUAAAGUCUUCUCUCAGUGGCAGCUCGCAGGAGGGAAAACAAACCAGGAGUUUUGAGAUACACAGCAAAGAAGAAAGGACAGACCUGUCCCCAAAACCGCAUAUUCUCCCAGGCUGUAUGUGGGUUUAAACAGUCAUGGCAUCAGCAGCUCCACCAAAGAGGAUGGUGUCAUCUGUCUUCAUCACUCUGGCAUCUCCUCACCAAGCCACUGUGACACCGCAGCAGCCCGUCCUCCAGGCUCACAGUGCCCCGGCCAGAGACAAGCAACACACCGCUGUACGAGUCAGCCCAAGUGACAGCAUCCCUGCUGGCGUCAGACAGAAGAAGGAGGACCACUCACAGUCUGAGUCUGCAGACAGCAAAGGCCGGACUCGUACAGGUGCCUCUGCCCGAGCUUCAGACCCUCAGAGCCCAAAACCUGCCCAACUUGGUGCCAGCAGAGGAAAGCUGCAAGAAGAUGAAAAAAGUGCAGAGCUCUUCCCUCCUCCUCCUCCUCCUCCUCCUGCUGCUGCUGCACUGCCUUCACCUCUGGGAACAUCUUUCUCUGAAGAAUCAGCACCUCCACCACCUCCUCCUGCCCAGACGCCUCUCUCCCACCCUCUGACCCCAGGCCAGCAGCCAGUUUACAACAGAGAGGUGGAAACAAGCACACCAUCUAGUGGGUUAAAACAAGAUGAACAAUCCCACGAGAUCCACAAAGACACGAGCAAGGAGAGUCGAGAGGUGUGUGGCUUCUGUCGGAAACCUGUGGCUCUCUCUGAACCUGCAAUAGAGGCUUUAAACAGGACGUACCACGACGGUUGUUUCCAGUGUAGAUCUUGUCACAUACCCCUGGCUGGUAAACAGUAUUACAACAAGGCAGGAAUCCCACUCUGUGAAGACUGCUACCAGGCCAGUCUGGAACUUUGCUGGGCGUGUGGAGAGGCCAUCACAGAUCAUGUGAUCCGCGCACUGGAGCGAGCGUACCACCUUUCUUGUUUCACCUGCACAACAUGUAAACAGCAAAUUGGAGAGCAACCUUUUGCUCAGGGAGAAGUUGGAGAAGUGUAUUGCCUUCAGGACUACUACAGGAAGUAUGCUCCAAUGUGUAACGCCUGCAACCAGCUAAUCAUUCCAAAAGAAGAUGGUACCGACAGCUAUAAUGUUAAAUGCCUGGGACGCUCCUACCAUGAGAACUGCUACAGGUGUGAGGUCUGCGUCAUCCAGCUCUCUCCUGAACCAAAUGAGCAUGGCUGCUAUCCCUUGGAUGGAAAGAUGCUUUGCAAAUCUUGCCAUCUGAACCUGGUUUCAGCCCAGCACUAACACUGGCCUCACAGCCCGGGGUAAACUGCAACUGAUGGAAAAGUGCACUGAGUCCAUGUUCAAAGAGACAGGACACACUGCAAAUGCAUUUAACCUCUGGAAUACAAAUGUCACCCUUUUUCCAAAGGAUCAAUACAGAAAAUAUGUUUUUUUUUUAAUUUUUUUUUUUUUUUUUUUUUACAACAUAUCAUGCUUUAUAAAGAUCCUCCUUUUCUUCUUUCAUACUUGAUAAUUUUGCACUCAGUAAAUUACAAAAUGCACCAAAUAUAUUUAUGCAAUAGCCUUUGCAAGACAUACGGCAAGCAUUAUUAGAAUUUUCGUAAAUCUCAAUCAGAAUACUAUUUCUCAAUCACAUUAACCCUUUAUCUAAAAAUAAAACUUUAUAUAUAAAAAAUACAUUUCUAAAAAAGUACACUAAUAUAUUUUAUCUUGAGGCAUUUGAUAGAUUACACUUUGCUAUCAAUAAGCAUUGAGAUGUGAAAAAAAAGAUAUUACAGUUACAAUAUAACUCACUUUGUGUAACUGGUAAGAAAAUUGAAUACAGACAUUAGAGCUUUCAUGAAAUAUUGUGUACUAGAGGACAGUAUAGCACAUCCUAAAGCACCAAAACUAGAAGGUGCUUUUGAUGUGAUUACAUUUACAUUUUUUAAAGGCUCAUCGUGUAGGAUUUAGUGGCAUCUAGAGGCGAAGUUGCAGAUUGCAACCAAAUUAAACUUCUCUGUGUCAAAUGUGUGGGAGAGUUAUGUUGGCCGGCACGAAAACGCGAAUGGCAGUAUCUAGAUCCAGUGUUUGGUUUGUGCAUUCAGGGCUACUGUAGAAACAGCAUGUUGGACUUUAUGGAAGAGGACUCACUCCCUAUGUAGAUAUAAAUCGCUCAUUCUAAGGCAAGGAAAACAAAACUAUUCUUAUUUUCAAGUGAUUAUAAACUAAACACAGUUAUGAGUAUUACAUUCUAUUUCUGCCUAUAAAUGCCCCUAAAUCCUACACAAUCAAGCUUUAACACAUCAAAAUUUUUACUGGACCACAAGGCUUCGAUAAUAGAACUAUUGUCGAUAUAUUAAAGUCUCAUUCGGAGCCCAGCUGAAUUAUUACAUUAUUUAUGUACUGUAUAUCAAAAUGAUGCCUGUGGAAUUAUAUUUCUUUGUAUCAAAAACAUUUAUUACAACAUUUUCUGGAAAGUUAUUUUGGCAUUUUUAUUCACCAUACAUUUAUAUGAUUUGUUAAAUAUUGCAGUGGUGGUUUGUCUGUCUUAUCUUUUCUGUGUGCGGUUUAAGGUGAGAUUGUUUAACUUUUUUUUAAAGAAAUGAAAAGCUGAAGUCUUGCAAAACAAAACACACCCCUGCUCUUUUAAUGCUCUUAACACUUCCUGCCUUACAGACUUAAUUUACGGUGGCUAUAUUAACUGAAGUUAUCACAGUUUACGGAGAUACUGCUGUGAAACAUCACUUAAUCUGUUUGCUUACUUUAUGAGUCCUCUCUACUUGUAAUACUGUUAUACUAAUAUUUACCAUUAUCUCACAGUUGUCACUUGUAGCCACAGUGGUUGUUGUCUUACAGAUGGUCCAAAAAGGGACAUGUUUGACUUUUUUUCUAAGCUCAAGAAAAAAAUCUGCUCAAGGUAGACUUAUCAGUCCUAUUCAGUCCUAAUCAAAAAACAUUAAAAAUAUACAGUAUUGCCAUCAGUGCACAAUGUUUGCACAAAGCAAUAACUUGAUGCAAGAUGAGCAUUUGCUCUCAAGCAUGUGAUUGUAAGUUUUGUUUAAGAAAUGCAUUGCUGAAUUAAGCUACAUUUCCAAAGACUGUGGCCGACACCUGCUCAGAGAGCCAUAAACUAACCUGUGCCCCACUGGCAGAUCCAUCUUUUUUUUUUUGUUUUUAAUUAUCAUUUUGGCAUUAACAGAUCAGAUUAGCCACACUGUCCACAGCGCUGCUUGGGCACGGCUCGGCUGCUGCUCAGCUGCAGCCGUAGAGAAAAAAUCUGACGAUUUCUUACUUAAAAAAUAGACAGUAAAUACAAUGUUUUAAGCGUCAUACAGACUCAAAACCACCUUUCACUGCAGUGUCACAGACACAAAGAAAUACAAAUAUAGGCUGAUCUGUUAUACUCAACCUUUCCUAAAAAUAAAAGUCCUCUUACAAA